AUGAUGACCAUGAUGUAUGGAUCGGAAAAAAUGAUGGCCGGCAAACCGCCGUUGCCCAUCACAGCCACCGGACCGUGUUUUCCCGGCCGGUACUCGCCGACGUACCGGAAUUCUGCGGACCCGAUGCGCAGAUGUAUGGCCAACCCGUCGAGCCGGAUCCUAGAGGAUGCGUCCUCGUUCAUGUGCAACACCUGGUCUCCACGACACAAUGGUGACUUAUUUGGUGGUCUUAAUGACGGUCUACUCAGUAGAGCUGAAGUGCUUGCUGCUGUGGACAUGGGAAAGCACCACCAUCAUCACAAUCAUCAAUCGCCGGGAUCUGGUAAUGGCAACGGUGGAGGCCAAGGCAAUGGAUCAUUGGGGCCUGGAUCCACUGGAUCGCCUGGACCGCUCUCUCAGCUCAAGCACGACGUUAUGUCGUCAUACCACCACCAUCACGGGAUGUCUGGUGGACACUCAGGUAGCCAAUCAAACCAUCGAGGUCACCAGAUGCACCCCGGUAUGGAAGGCCUCGACCUCCUAGAGCCCAUAUCGUCGUCGACCAUGACCACGCUGACGCCGAUGUCGGACGGGUCCGGCCACGGUCCUCUCCACCCCGGCGUCUACGGUGCAGGCAUGAUGAGCGGCCACCAUCACCACCACUCGCACUCGGGCGCCGGCCCGAACGGCCACCCGCAUCACCACCAUCACCACCAUCAUCAUCACGCGGCAGCGGCGGCGGCUGCGGCGGCCGCGGCUGCCGGUAUGAUCGGUGCCGGCGGCGGUGCUGGGCUCCAGCACCCCGACACCGACACGGAUCCCCGCGAGCUGGAGGCGUUCGCCGAACGGUUCAAGCAGCGGCGGAUCAAGCUGGGCGUGACGCAAGCGGACGUCGGCAAGGCACUGGCCAACCUCAAGCUGCCGGGCGUCGGCGCGCUGUCCCAGAGCACCAUAUGCCGGUUCGAGUCGCUGACGCUGUCGCACAACAACAUGAUCGCCCUCAAGCCCAUCCUGCAGGCGUGGCUGGAGGAGGCGGAGGCGCAGGCCAAGAAUAAGCGCCGCGACCCGGACGCGCCAAGCGUGCUGCCGGCCGGCGAGAAGAAGCGGAAGCGCACGUCGAUCGCGGCGCCCGAGAAACGGUCGUUGGAAGCGUACUUCGCAGUGCAGCCGCGGCCUUCGGGCGAGAAGAUCGCGGCCAUAGCGGAAAAGCUCGACCUGAAAAAGAACGUGGUCAGAGUGUGGUUCUGCAAUCAGAGGCAAAAGCAAAAGCGCAUGAAGUUUGCGGCCCAACACUGAUGACGGGAUCACGCUCCGCCAUCCGUCACCACUUGUAUCCCUUCCUAAGACACGUGCUCAUUUUAGUUGCAUUAACCGGAAAUAAUCAUUUCUAUAUAACAAUAUAAUAACAUACAUUAGUAUUGUUAUUAUUAUUAUUAUUAUUAUUAUAAGAUUAAUUAUUAUCGUCUACAUAAAACCAUAGUUGUGUAUAUAAUUUGUAUAAUAUAGGUUUGGACGACCAACUUGUCAAACACAUCAUGCCUCUCUCGUUCUCUCUCUCUCUUUCUCUCUCUCUCUGUGAGAGCUUCAGGCGAUUUCUGUUCAACUUUUUAUUUCUCUCUAUUUUGUGCGUUUUAUUUUACGAAACGUCCAUGGUAGUUUCAUAUAUAUCAUUAUAUUAGUAAAUCUAAUGUACAAAUUUUAAUCAGCUUCUCGUGUAUGAUAUUAAGUGCCACUUAUUAUAAUAACAUGUUCCUAAAAACACAAUAAUCCAUACGAGUGUGAUCAUGCGACUUAUAGUUGAUGUGUCUCGUAUUUAUGAUACAUUUAAAGCCAAAGUCUCGGUUUCGGAUGCACAAGCAAGUAUUUUUUGACCAGCGUUAUUUUAUAAGAAUUAAAUAUACAGCGCAUUUCUACCUAUGCACAUGUAGGUAUCACCUCCACAGUCGAAAAUCUUUUUAUGUGGCAUACUAUUGUAUAGUUGAAAUCGGAUCGGCAACAAUCAGUUGAAAACAUCCACAAAAAAUCAAUUUAUAUAUAACUGCUUACUCAUAUAUUAGGUAGAUACAUAAACAUAUGUACUACAUAAUACGUAUACAACACAUUUUAAUUACUUUGUUAUUUUAGCUAUAAAAUACAAAAUUAUGAGAUGUGUAUUAAAAUACAUUUCAUAAUAGCUUACUUACGCCAAAUAGUGUAACUUCUAUAGAAAUAAAAUAAAUACAAAUUAAUACUGUUAAUUUCCGAUGAUAACUUCGAUACUUUCAAGUUAGUUCGUACACAUUAUUUAAAUUAAAUUUUCAUCAAGCAUUUAUUAGGUGAAUAAAAUAAUGAUGCAUUGUGCAAAUCUAUAUAACUUUCAAAUUGUUUAUUAUUAUCCAAAAUACAAAGCAUAUUUAGUAAACUUUCGAUUGGUUUAACAAAAUGAUGAUAAAUGUAAUAUACGUGAAUUGAGUUCAAAGUAUUUAACACAAUUCAUUUAAAAUAAUGUCCACUUAACAAUUUUUAGUUUCACAGGUACGUAAAAUAUGAUUACCUGUCACAUCAUUGUAAAAGUGCUCUACGAGUUAAUCAUUUUGUGGCUUUAUGUUUUGAGUUAAGUCAACCGAUUUAAAUAAUUUCUAGGAAAAAUAUCUACUACAUACAUAAGCUUUUCAAGACUAAUUUGUUUUCAAAAAAAUUAAAUAAUACAUUUAUAUCAUUUAAAUACACGAUUGUUUUAAAGAUACCAUUUUUGACACUUUAGUUAAGUAAA